UGGAAAUCUUUAUUAUUAGAAAUAUUUAUCCUCUUCAACUCUGAACUCGAUGUAGAUCUAGUAUUGUAGAAAUAAACAACAUCAUGAACAUGGCAAAUCUGGCGAAGAUUAAACAACUUUUCAAUAAAACCAGCCUUUUUCUUGAGAAGCAACACAGAUGGAUGUCAGCAGUGGCAGCUACUAGAAGUAUUUUGGAAAAAGAGUUAGAGAACAUCAAAGCUGCAGGAACAUACAAAAAUGAGAGGAUAAUCACAUCUCCUCAAGGCCCAUCCAUCACUGUCAAAAGCAGCCAAGGACAAAUCUUGAACUUUUGUGCUAAUAAUUAUCUUGGAUUGUCAAGCCACCCAGAAGUGAUAGAAGCUGGAAAGAAAGCUCUGGACACGCAUGGAGCAGGAUUAAGCUCAGUGCGUUUUAUCUGUGGAACCCAGGAUAUUCAUAAAGAUCUUGAGAGUAAAAUUGCCAAGUUUCACAACAAAGAAGAUGCCAUUCUUUACAUAAGCUGUUUUGAUGCAAACGCUGGCGUAUUUGAGACACUACUUAGUCCUGAAGAUGCUGUUAUCUCUGAUGAGUUAAAUCAUGCUUCAAUUAUUGAUGGGAUUCGACUUUGUAAAGCACAAAGACUUAGAUAUAAACAUAGAGAUUUAGAAGAUUUGGAAAAACAACUGGAGGAAGCUAAAAGCUGCAGACAACGAUUAAUUGCUACUGAUGGGGUUUUUAGUAUGGAUGGAAAUAUUGCACCAUUAAAAGACAUAACGAAGUUGGCUAAAAAACACAAUGCUUUGGUGUUUAUUGACGAGUGUCAUGCAACAGGUUUCUUUGGUCCAACUGGAAGGGGAACUGAAGAACAUUUUAAUCUCUCUGUCGAUAUCAUCAACUCAACAUUAGGCAAGGCUCUAGGAGGUGCUGCAGGUGGUUACACAGCUGGACCUAAACAACUUAUUGAUUUACUGAGGCAAAGAUCUAGACCUUAUUUAUUUUCCAAUACACUUCCCCCACCAGUAGUGGCCUGUGCCAGUAAGGCUUUGGAUCUAGUGAUGUCCAACACAGAUCUCCCUAAACAAGUACUUGCAAAUACCCAGAGGUUUAGAGCCAAAAUGUUAAAUGCUGGAUUCACCAUAUCUGGAGAUCCUUGUCAUCCAAUCUGCCCUGUUAUGUUAGGAGAUGCCAGGCUUGCUUCUGAGUUUGCAGACCAAAUGUUAGGCAAUGGUAUCUAUGUUAUUGGGUUUAGUUAUCCAGUUGUUCCUAAAGGCAAGGCCAGAAUCAGAGUGCAGAUCUCAGCAGCUCAUUCGGAGAAAGACAUCGACAGGGCUGUAGAUGCUUUCAUUAAAAUAGGACGGAAUUUAAAAGUCAUUAAGUAGACAGCUUGAAAUAAUGUUUAUAUUAAGACAUUUUCUUCAUAUGGUUUCUUUAUACUAGCUACAAAAUGGUUGCGGGUAAUAUUUUUUUUUUUUGUUUGAUCUCAUUACUUUUGUGUUGUUGUUUUUUUGUAGUUACUUGUUACAUUUUUAUUGUGUUGCUGUAUCGAUCACACAUUAAUACCCCACCUAAAAAUAAAAAAAAAUCUAAAUAAUGAAUUUAAUCAUCAUCAGAUGGUUGAAUUUUCUUUUCAAUGCUGGACUUCAAGAAAAUUUAUUAUUUUCUCUUAUAAUGUAAUGUAGUUUUCCUUUGAAAUGUUUUGGCAUUUAAGUUUCACCUCAACAAAAAAAAAAUCUUUGUUCAUUAUGUGAAAAAUUAGUCAUAACUAAGGACAUAUGGAAAAUGGCUUAAGAUUACUUAAGGUUCAUACUUAUAGUAUUUGUCAGAUACACAAUGGAAGUAUGAAUUGUUUCCCAAAUUGAGCAUGAUACAGAAACACUGGAGCACAGGCAAUAAUUUGUGACCUGACAAUUAAAUAGACUUUAGCACAAUACACACUUGCAAGAAUAAUAAUUGCUUCAAGUAAGGUAUAUUGUAAUGUAGAAAUAGCUGAAUAUUUAAUUUAGAAACAUGUCUACAGACUUGAUAUGAAUCUCACUUUCUCUUUUUCUCCAUAUUUUUCUAAUUUACUUGUUGCAAAUGUCUUCAAGCAAUAUAUGUCUUUAAUAAAAAAUUUUUGGGUACUUUAAUUAGAUGUCAUCCAAGCUUCUAUGGUGAACCAAAUUCUUUUUGGCUUUGGGUCUGAGAUUUUCAGCCGAAAAUAAGUUGGUUCACUUCUAUUGAAAUGUUUUUGUUUUUUUUUGCUUUUGUCUGAAGCUCCACCUCCUGGCCUUAAGAAUAUUGUUAGCUCUGACUUUGAUAAAUUGUACUUAAAAAAUUGUUAAAUAUAGGCCAUACAAUUGUUCCAUUCUAUUACAUGACAUAUUUAUUGGUCAAAAUCUCGCAUUGCCUUGUGUCUAGUAGCGUAUUUGAUCUAAAAUAGCUGGUGAUUUUCCCACCCACUAUGAAAGUAAUAAGACGCACAAAUAUUUUGUUGAGUCAAGAAUCACAGUCUCAAUAUUUUGUAUCUACAUAAUUUUACAUUUGAGUACUGCAUGUAUAAUAAGCAAUCAAGUGAUCCAUCUGUAAAAAUGUCUUUACUUUCAGCCAAAACUCCAUUAAAAUAUUUAAGUUAGAGAAGAAAUAUUUCUUGUAUAUUUUAUAUUCCGUACAUCUAUAAAUCCAUUUUUUUUCUGUCAUUGUUGAUAUUAUUCCAACUUUGUCUACUGACAGGGUAAUUGUUUAUAUUGUGAUAUUUGUUAUAAUCUUUGAACUGAAUUAUGUUACAAAAUGCAUACAUUAAAUGAUAUUAUCACUUAAAUAGUAAUGAUUAUACUCUUGUACUUAGCAUGCAUAUUACAUUAAGUAGACCAAUAGCUAAGGAGUAGUCCAUCUGUGUCAAGAAUUUUCUUGUAAGGAUUGAUGUGUGCUUUUUUUUUUAAAUCAAGAAAUUAAGCCAGAAUAAGUGACAGCCAUUUUAUGUGUUGGUUGGCUGCCUACUGGUGUGGUAUGUUCUGUGGACUUCAUCUUGAUGGUCCUGAGUUUGAACCAUUCACAGCUCACUUCAAUGUCAUCCUGCAGAAGAUAUGGUCUUGGACCGAGUCAACUGAAUGUCUGAAACUUAGAAGUCAUUCCACUCCACACCUUUGAUGAUUUUACAUUCCACUCCAUGAAAAUAUUUCUAUUUCCCUAAUGCAUGGGAGAUGAUUGUUGAUUGGUGAAUAUAAGUUUCUUUUUAACUGUGAAUGUACUAAAACCAUAGAUGCUGUUAUUUGAUGGAAAUAUUUGUUUCUGCCAUCAUCCCAACCUUAGUCUUGUUGAAGAAGGAAAGUGGGAACUCAAACUUGUAUACCAGUAAUGCAAGUUGACUUACUAGACGCACACAUUGCCAGUAGUUUAGAAUAUCCUAUAAGGAUAGUAGUUUCCAUUCAUUAUGGAACAUGCUCAUUAAUAAUCCUGGAUUUGAAAUUAGACUAUUUUGAUAUACCAUAAGUAUUUACACAAUCGUUUUGAUGAAAUCAUUUAUGAAUUUAUAAAUAACUAUAUCUUUAUAUGGUUUACCCUAUUUAAAGAGAAUGCAACUGCCUAUCUAUAAAAUCCAGAUUUGAAAUCUAGAAGAUAUCAUAUCAGGAUUGUUUAGUCUUGAGACUGGAGUUCACAAUGUUAUCUACACUGUUGUAUUGCACUUAAUUAUUCUGCUUUUCAUUCUGGUCAUGCAACACAAACAAUGAUAUCAUGCUGCCUAAACAUAGACCCUUGUUGACUUGUACAUAGCUUUGUUAUUGAUAAAGGUAUUGGCUUUUUUUGUUUUGCACAUUUUACAAUAAUUUUAUUUAAUAGUCUAGUAGAAUAAAGUUGGUAACGAACAUUC